AUGGGUAAAGAACUUGAAAUUGAUUUGUUCCUAGAUUUUAAUAAAGUCAAUGUUCUAUGUGUAACUGAACAUUGGCUUAAAAAAUUUGAAUUAAAUUGUAAUUUUAAAAAUCACCAGGUUGUGAGUUCUUUCUGCAGAGAGAAUGCUAUACGAGGUGGCUCACUGAUCAUUGUGAAUAAAGAUUAUAAAUGUAAGGAACGUAGAGACAUUGUGAGCCUCUCUGUGGAACGGAUUAUUGAAAUGGCCUGUGUAGAGCUUGAACGAUUCAUUGUUGUAAGUGUGUACAGACCUCCUGAUGCGUUAUAUGAUUCUUUUGAAAAUAUUUUGGAAAAUGUAUUGCUAAAGCUUUCUGUCUCUAAUAAACAAAUUUUUGUAUGUGGUGAUUAUAAUAUCAAUCUUUUAGAAAACACAAAUACCACUAUUAGAUUCAGAACAUUGUUAAAGUCAUAUAACCUCCCAAACUUAUUUCUAGAGCCUACUAGGACAACAACCACAUCGGCAACAUGUUUAGAUAACAUAUUUACAAAUGUAACACCGAUUAACAAAAAAAUUAUUAAUCAAUUAACAUCAGACCAUAGUGGACAAUUUGUGUCUUUUGAAUCUAUUAUGAAUUCUAAAGAUAAAAAUACUCUUGUGAUUGUUCCUAUUAAUAAAAAACGAAUUGAGAAGUUUAGAAAUAAUAUUAAGCAAGAACAUUCAGAAAUUAUUUAUAACAAAAACCCAAAUUUAUCAUACCAAAAUAUGUUUGAGAGAAUUAAUAUGGUCUUUACUGAUGUAUUUAUUCCUAAAACUGUAACAUUAAAAAACAAAACGGUGUUCAGCGAGUGGGCCACCACCGGAGUGUACAAAAGUAGAAAAAAAUUGUAUGAUCUGUAUCCUGAAAAAGCUUAUAAUAAUGAUGAAACAUUUCAUCAAUAUGUCAGGAACUAUUCCAAACUAUUUAGAAAAGUUUGUUUAGCGGCAAAAUCUUUACAUUUAAGUGAUUUAAUCAAAAAUGCCCCUGACAAGAUAAAGAUGACUUGGAACAUCAUUGGUAGAGAAAGUGAAAAAGUCAGAAAUAGCCAUCAAGAAUUCUCGUUAAAAAUAGACGAUAAAUUGGUAACUAGUCAUGAAGAUGUGGCUAAUGCUUUUGAAAAGUUUUUCUCUGACAUUCCAGUUUCAACUACCACAUCUCUAAAUUCAUCCUCCACAGCAGCUGAAAUAUUAUUGCAUAACCAUGUCAAGAAAUGCAAUGAAAUUUUCAAAUUUAAGAAAAUUAAUUCAAACAAUAUAAUAAAAAGUUUUAAUAGCCUUAAUGUAAAAAAUACAGCUGACUUGUGGGGAAUAUCAGUAAAGGUUUUGAAGUCUGUAAUAGACAUUAUUGCUUCUCAUCUUGUUAGUAUUUUUAAUGAUUGUAUUAAGUGUGGUGUAUUUCCUGACUUAAUGAAACAUAGUAAAGUGAUUCCUCUUUUUAAAUCUGGUAGUACUGAUGACCCCUCUAACUAUAGACCUAUUUCAGUACUCCCUACGUUGAGUAAAAUCUUUGAAAAAAUUAUUUUGACACAACUUUUAGAACAUUUUAAUUCAAAUAACCUGCUUCAUAAUAAACAAUUCGGGUUUACAAGGGGUCGCUCUACAACUGAUGCAGGUGCUUAUCUAAUCAAAAAUAUAUUUCAAUCUUGGGAGGAAUCGCAUGAUUGUCUUGGAAUUUUCUGUGACUUAUCCAAAGCAUUUGACUGUGUUGAACAUGAAACAUUGGUGAGGAAACUACAUCACUAUGGUAUUAGGGAUGGUGCAUUGGAACUUAUUACUUCCUAUUUAUCAGGAAGGAUACAAACAGUAGAUGUGAAAGGAAAUAGAUCUUCAGGCACCAUGUUGAAAAUGGGUGUACCUCAGGGUUCCAUUUUGGGUCCUUUUUUAUUUCUAAUAUAUAUAAACGAUUUGCCUAGUUUUAUUGAGUCCCGACACGAGGUCGUAUUAUUCGCAGAUGAUACAUCUUUAUUAUUUAAAAUUAAACGACAAUUACAAGUCUAUGACGAAGUGAAUGAUGCGAUUUCGUGUGUGGUUCAUUGGUUCCGUAUCAAUAACCUAUUAUUGAAUAGUAAGAAAACGAAAUGUAUUAAAUUUACUUUAAAAUGUAUUAAAUCAUCUUUAAAUGUGAGACAAGUAGAUAGUAAUGUAAUUGUUUCUGAGGAAUCAUUGGAGCUUGUUGAGUCAACCGUAUUUCUUGGUAUAACAGUGGACUCCAAACUGCAGUGGGGACCUCAUAUUCAUAAAUUGGCGAGUAAGCUUAGCUCUGCAGCAUACGCAGUAAAAAAAAUUAGAAUGUUAACAAAUGCGGACACGGCUCGUUUGGUUUACUUUAGUUACUUCCACAGUGUCAUGUCCUAUGGCAUUUUGCUAUGGGGCAAUGCGGCCGAUGUAGAAAUGAUAUUUAUUCUGCAGAAAAGAGCUAUACGUGCUAUUUAUAACAUGCACUCAAGGGAAUCCCUGAGGGAAAAAUUUAAAGAAAUUAAAGUUCUCACUAUGCCAUCCCAGUACAUCUUUGAAAAUUUGAUGUAUGUUCGUAAACAUAUUGAGGAGUUUCCUAAGAUGUCGGACAUACAUAAUAGAAAUACUAGGAACAAACACAAGCUUGUUGUGCCGAUGAGUAGGUUACAUAAGAUACGAAAUUCAUUCGGGUGUUUGUCUGUGCGCCUGUACAACAAAAUCCCACAAGAUGUUCAGAACCUACAUAUACAUAGGUUUAAGAAAACUAUUAAAGAACAUCUGUGCAAUAAAGCUUACUAUAAAGUCAAUGAUUAUCUAGAAGAUUGCACAAAGUGGGAAUGAGUUGCUCGCUCCGGGAAUUUCAAUAUUGUAAAAUUGUUAUGUUAUAAUUACUUAUUGUAAUAUGAAUAUUUAAAAAAAAUAUAUAUUUAAAAUAAAAAUAAAAAUCUAAUAUUAAAAAAAAAAAAAACAUGCCCGCUGAGUUUCUUGCCAAUUCUUCUCAGGACGGAGGCUAAUUAUUGUGAAUUGGCGGUAAUUCUUUUGACGUUCAAUAAGUAUGUACUUUCAUUUAUGUUGAAUAAAACUUUUUUUUGAUAUACACAAUCACAUACACACACACACACACACACACAAACAUACAUACAUACAUUGACUUCAUUAUGACUUAUCUAUAUUUUAUCUUCCUGGAACAUCUUGUAAGCGUACACAGCUCGCCACGACUAAAAUGUUGAUAGUUUGUUUGACUACCCACCUGUCAGUAGAGUUAGACGGCAGAAACUUGUUGGUGUUCCUUGUUUCGGCGGAAACAACGACGUCUACGUGCCUUACGCUGGGCUCCGCGCUUAUUGGAAUGUUGCCAUAUUCUUGUGAUGCUGCGAAAAUGGUAGUUUUUGGUUCAUUCACAGAAUGUACAGAUAAAGUUUGUUUUAUCUUUGGAGUAAACAACCAUUGUGCAUUUGCAGAUAUCGAUGAACGAGGGUGACCACUUACCCUCACGUGGUUCGUAUCCUAGCUUGCACUAUAUAUACAAAUGUAUUUACUAAGAUAUACACUAUAAAGAAUUUAAAGAAAAUAUGCAAUGACACACAAAAAAAUAGGUUUUGGUUCUUAUGGCUAUAACUAAAAGAUAAAUUGUUGUAACUAAACAAGCUAGAUAAGAAGGAAUUUAGCUGUACAAUCAUGACCUCUGUAAACAAAGUUUAAGUCGUCGUGGCCUAAAGGAUAAGACGUCCGGUGCAUUCGUGUUGAGCGAUGCACCGGUGUUCGAAACUCAGGCGGGUACCAAUUUUUCUAAUGAAAUACGUACUCAAUAAAUGUUCACGAUUGACUUCCACGGUAAAGGAAUAACAUCGUGUAAUAAAACACAAACCCGCAAAAUUAUAAUUUACGUAAUUACUGGUGGUAGGACCUCUUUUAAGUCCACACGGGUAGGUACUACUACCCUGCCUAUUUCUGCCAUGAAGCAGUAAUGCGUCUCGGUUUGAAGGGUGGGGCAGCCGUUGUAACUGUACUGAGACCUUAGAACUCAUAUCUCAAUGUGGGUGGCGCAUUUACGUUGUAGAUGUCUAUGGGCUCCAGUAACCACUUAACACCAGGUGGGCUGUGAGCUCGUCCACCCAUCUAAGCAAUAAAAAAAGCAGAUAUACCUCUCAGCAGAGGUAGAUAUUGUAAGUCCUCUUCUUCCUCCUUGUUGCGUGUCGCCGUUUGCGGUCUGCUAUGAACUCCCAGCUGAUCCAUUGUACUGGAAACACGGCAAUACUUUCUUAGAGAGGGUAUUAGUAAGUAUCGUGAAAGAAUAGCCUUUGAAUGGCAAGAUUUUUUAAAAUUAAAACAAAGAUAGGUAAUGUUUACAUUUAUUUAACUAUGUUUUAUUUAUAGUAAAAUUGAAGCGUUUAUUUGUUAUGGAAAUAUAAAUAGAAAAUAGUUAGUGACAUUUUUAAACUGUCAAAAUAAUGGCGGGACGGAACAAAAGCAAACUAAAUUUUUGCAGUGUUGUGUCAAUAAAUUGGUUUAUUUGUUUCACUUCGUGUUUAUUUUGAAAAAAAAAAAUCAAGGCCUAAGUUAAGUGGAAGUUAAAUAACAGUUAAUCGGAAGUUAAACUUAACCUUGUCUCUUUCGAUCUUGUUGUAAGUUGAAUGACAAAACAAAGGAUUCCUAGAUCAUGAUGACGUCCACCGAGCAGAGAAGCAGGUCCUUCAUGGUGAGGGCGCUGGCCCGCUCCGGCUUGGGGCGACUCUCGCGAAGGAAGUUCUUCAGAUCGCCGCCGGCCAGCAAUUCUAGCACAAUGAACCUGGGAACGGCGUAUAUGACAAGAAAUAUAGGUCUUUCACUUCAAGAGUGACAGUGACAGAGAUAAGGAAGCGUGUGCGGGCAUGUAUUUACCGUAAGGGAGGUCACUUUGAACAAGAUUUGUAAAAUAUGUCGCAAAAUUGAUUAAUAAAAGAUACACUUUACCUAUCA